CAUGAAAGAGCCUCUGUCUCUCUCUCGCCUCCGGAAGAAACCCGCCGCCGCCGCCGCCACCGGCGCCGGCGUCAACCCAUCAAGAAAGCUCAAGUUCGUCUGCAGCUUCAACGGCGCCCUCCAGCCCCGCCCGCCCUCCGGCGACCUCCGCUACGUCGGGGGCGAGACCCGCAUCGUCUCCGUCGACCGCGGCGGCGUCUCCUUCUCCCGCCUCGCGUCCAAGAUCGCCGAUCUCUGCCCCAGCAUUCCCCGCUCCGGCGGCUUCUCCGUCAAGUACCAGCUCCUCCCCGGCGCCGGCCGCGCCGGCGACGCGCCCCUGGUCUCGGUCGCCUCCAACGACGACGUCAGGUGCAUGAUCGAGGAGCACGACAAGCUCGAGGCGCGCGGUAAGCACGCGAGGCUCUGGCUCUUUGUUUUUAGCGACGGUAGUGAUGGUAAGGGUCGCGAAGACGGUGGUGGGCUAGGGAAGGAUGGCGGUGCGCGGGGGGGUGGCGUGUGUGGGGAGAAUGAGUUUUCGGGUAGGAGAGGGUUGGGGGGUUUCAAUGGUUAUGGAUUCGAGGGUCGAAAAGAUCAGGAGGCCCGGUUUCGCGGCAGUUUGGUUAGUUGCGCGGUUGUUAAGAAUCCGGCGACGGGUGUUGCCGGGACGGGACUUCGUGAUGAUCCUGUUAGGAAUAUGGGGUGGACCGAGCCAAUUCUCGUGAGACAAUUGGCUGUUUACAACAAUGUUCGAGAUGUUUCGAAUACAAAGAUGGAAUUUUCUGCUCGCGGGGCGCGCGCAAAGUACGAUCAGUCACAUCCUGAUUUGGCUUCUGGACCCCAAGCCGCGAUGGGCAUGUUGGACCGUAGAGAAGUGGGCACGCAUUGUCCGGGCAGUGAGAGCCGUUAUAAUCUCGUUCAAUUUCGGGUAGCACGCCCACGCCCUCUAACUCCAAGAAACGGGAAUCUUCCUGUGCAAACGUAUCUAGCUUCACAGAUUGUAUCGCGGAAAUGUGGCCACGAGUCAGGGAUCUGCAAAGGAUGCUCAAGUCAUUAUAUUACCGUACCUCAGGAUCCAAUGCAACGGGGCAAUCCCGCAGUGGUUUUGAAGGGUGAUAGUGUUGAUGCUUCGAAAAACUUGAGAAGGAUCGACGUGGGGUUGCAGAGUCAUUUGAACAGGGAAAACAUUGUACCAUUACCUUGCAUCAAUCCACUUGCCGGAAGAAGUUAUGCUCAAGAGCCUUCAGCUGUGGCUGGCAGGGCAUGGGGAGCGAUGCAGAGCAGUAACCGCAGCCACAGAUCAGCUGCAUCCAAUGCAAGAGAUCAGAGGGUUCAUCCAUAUCAUGUCCGAAAUCAUCGCUAUGAUCCAGCUGAGAUGGAGAGCCACCUAGCCGUUAAAGCUGAACAGAGGCUAUCGCUUGGAAAAGGUUAUCCUGGUCUCAAGCCUAUUUCUAAUAUGUCAAAGCAGGAGCAGUUAACGACACAUCAGGCAGAGCACAAGGCAUGGACCGGAUUUUAUAACUGUUUGUCGAAUGGAAGUGUGAGUUUGAUGAACUCCUAUUCGAAUCGUGAAAAUCCUUGCAUUUAUGCUCAAGGUGUGGAUGGGAAGCCAGCUGUGCAUCAUGAUUCCAUGUGUCCAUCGACAUGCCUAGAGGUGAUGAAUGCUCAAGAUGAUGUCCAAUCCGCAUUAAAUGAGUAUAAGAACACUGCAAUACAUCAAACCUCCCCUGAAAAUUUCCAUAAUGGGUCAAAAUGUAGUUCUAAUGCAGACAAGAAACCACUUCCUGUGGAUCCUUUGGAAAGUUCCGACUUAUAUCUCUUGCCAAGUGACAGCAAAUGUAGUGACAGCACAGGCAUGAGAUGCUACGGCAAGUUUCCCAGUAGAUCAACGGGGAUUAACUUGUCAAGCUAUAAUAAUAACAUUUCAUCAUCAGUUGAUCUGUCGUUACAUAACCUCUCACUAUCGUCAUCCAAAGAAGUGGAACUAUCUGCACAGUCUUCUCGUGCAACUAGCAACAAUGCUUUGGCCAAGCCACAAGCCAAGUCUAUAGAUCUGAUGGAGUUUAGCACGGGCCCACAACUUGAUGAAUCAAAUGGAGUUCAAUCUGAUUCGUCUUCAGAGGCUGUCCCUAAGGUGGAAAAAAAUCAUGUUUAUAAAGAUAAUCUGGAGGAACUUUCAUCAGGUUUAAGCAUUGACGGCAAGGACAAGUUUAAAGGAAGUCCCAAGUGCUCUAAGGUAAUUGGCGGCAUCUCAAUGGACUUGACUGCAUUUAAGGCGUACCUCGCUUCUCAAGGACUGCAGACUAUUAAAACUACAGAUGUAGAAUGUAUAAAGGAACUGGGAUCCGGUACAUAUGGAACUGUCUACUAUGGGAAGUGGAGGGGAUCUGAUGUUGCGAUUAAGAGGCUAAAGUCUUGUUGCUUCACAGACGGUGCUGCUCGGGAAGAUCGUCUGGUUGCUGACUUUUGGAAGGAGGCUCACUUGCUGGGCCAGCUUCACCAUCCAAAUAUAGUGGCGUUUUAUGGAGUAGUUUCAGAUGGGCCAGUGACAAGUUUGGCAACUGUAACAGAGUAUAUGGUCAAUGGCUCCCUCAAACAAGUCUUGCGAAAGAAAGAUAGGACAAUUGAUCGCCGGAAGAGGCUGAUUAUAGCAAUGGAUGCAGCCUUUGGGAUGGAAUACUUACACGAGAAGAACAUUGUUCACUUCGAUUUGAAAUCUCAUAAUUUCCUUGUGAAUAUGAGGGACCCACAGAGACCAGUUUGUAAGAUUGGUGAUCUUGGCUUAUCAAAAAUCAAGAAGAAAACGCUGGUCUCUGGUGGAGUGCGAGGGACAAUACCAUGGAUGGCUCCCGAACUUUUCAACAAUAAGAAUAACACGGUGACAGAGAAGGUUGAUGUAUACUCAUUCGGAAUAGUCAUGUGGGAACUUUUGACUGGGGAAGAACCCUAUGCAAACUUACGUUCGGAGGAUAUAAUAGCCGGUAUUCUCAAAGGAACUCUACGACCUGAAAUCCCGAGUUGGUGUGACCCGGCGUGGAGAUCACUGAUGGAGAGAUGUUGGUCCACCGAUGUGAAUUCAAGGCCAUCCUUCUCAGACGUUGCGAAAGAGCUACGAGCCAUGUCAGCUGCAAUGAACAUAAAAUGAUGAUAUAUAUAGGUCUUCCAGUUUCUUUUGUUGUAACUAAGUAACUUUAGGAACACCGAGUACAGGGCAUGUUGGGACGUUGCGUAGUUUUUGCCGUCCACUGUCUUAGAGGGACUGUUUUGAAAAUAGAGACCCUUGUUAGGAUCCGUCGACAACGGUGAAUUAAUUUUUGCAGUCACCGCUGUGAUGCGACGUCCAUGCUUUGGGAGCCAUAUGCUGUGAGAUGAACAUGAUGCAGGAACACGAGUCAAACUGUCAUUUUUCUUGCUGAGAUUGCAAUUUGAUAAUGCA